AUGUAUUCAUUAAUUGAUAAUUUUCAUCCUGUUCGAUGGAUACGUUCACAUAUAAUUACAACAAAGUCCAAGAAUGAUUCACGUAAUCGUGCAGCAACAAUCUCAUCUGAGUUACCACCACCGCUUACAACAAUAAAGAAACCACCUAUUCGUUCAGCUAGUUCAGUAACAAUUUCAUCAGAGCCAUUAGCACCAACUCCAAGACCGGCAAUCACAUAUUUUUAUUAA